GCACGUGAUCAGGUUCGGCAAACCCGCUGGACUUUCCAACGUAUCAUGAUGUUACAGUCCGCCCGACGUCGCUCUCUUCUUUUUACUCGUUCCAUCUCCCGUCCCUUGUCAACAGAAACUAAUCCUCCAUCACCUUCACUUUCCAAUGUCCCCCCUCCGUUGCCUUCUAAUCGGUCACGCGUUCGCUUCUCGCCUGCGCCGAGGCCACCACAGCCGUCUUCGUAUUCUCCCAGAGUGCAAAUAAGCCUCCCUUACCUUCUGCCUCCAAACUUCGGGCGGAAUCAAGUCUUGAGUGUUCCGGAUUCUACAAGAGCACUUUUAGAGGAAAUUACGCGGAGCUUUGAUGCACCAAUACGUUAUGCAUUCGCUUAUGGUAGUGGUGUGUUCGCGCAGAAGGGAUACUCAAAGGCAGAUGCGUCGCCCCCGCUCCUUGACUUUAUAUUUGCGGUUAAUCACCCAUCCCAUUGGCACUCGAUCAAUAUCCACCAGAAUCCAUCACAUUAUCCCUUGCAUGCACGGUUCUUGGGUUCCUCCUUUAUCGCCCAGUUCCAGGGAAUAGAACCAGGGAUAUGGUUCAAUGCCUAUGUUCCGAUGAAUGGAGUGAUGAUCAAGUAUGGAGUGACGACGAUAGACAAUUUGUGCUCUGACCUCAUCAACUGGAACACCCUUUACCUUUCGGGGCGAAUGCAUAAGCCUAUUCGCAUCAUUAAGGAUGAUACUCGAGUCCGGCUCACUCAACAAGUGAACCUAGUCUCUGCCCUGCGCACUGCCCUUCUUACCCUUCCGGAGUCAUUUGAAGAGGACUUGCUCUUUGAGAAAAUGGCCGCGUUUAGCUAUGGAGGUGACUUUCGGAUGAGAUUUGGAGGCGAGAACCCGAGGAAAGUGCAAAAUAUUGUCAGCGCACAAAGAGCCCAGUUUAAGGAGCUGUAUUGGCGGUUGGCUCGUGGGCUACCAGAUGUACAUUGGAGUCAAACUUCAACUAUUAUCAACCAAGAUAUGUUUCCUCGUGCACGCUCAGCACUUGUGCGAAAACUCCCCUCAAAUCUGCUCCAUCGCCUUGAAACACAGUAUUCGCGCAAAUAUCCCGUUCCUUCACCGGACGCUGACUCUUCGGCAUUCUGGUUAUCAGUCGGUGGUGAUAAGACUCUCAGCAGCGUCAUCGAGCAAGAACUUAGGGAGAUUGUUAGAGGUCCGGCAACAGUCCAAAGUCUUAAAGGUUUAGUCACGACAGGUCUCAACAAAAGCAUUCGUUACAGUGCCGCGAAGGUCGGCAAAUGGUGGUCAUCUCGCAACUCAUCGGAGUCAUAGAUCGUUCCGGUAGCAUCAAACUAUGCAGUCACAUUACAUUCGUUCAAGUAAUCCCAGUUCACCUAGAGCGGAUCAAGCAGGAAGCAGGACUAUUGUAUCUUCAUGCCAUUAAAACAGAUGGAGACUAAUGUGUUCUAAUAUACAUGGACAACGCGAGCAAUGUGCAUAUUACAAUGCGUUCUGACCUAAUAAAUCUUGGAGUUGACGUCGUCGUACAAUGAUGUAAAGAACUAGAUAAUGAGUUGUAAAAUAUCAGGAACAGAAAAAUGAGGCGGAGCUUGGCUAGGUGCUGGCAGGAGGAGAAAAUCGUAGAGGUUUAUGCUUCCGAGUCGCACCAAUCUGUUGAAUCUC